AUGGGUUUAUACUACGACAAGAUUGUACUUUUCGGGGAUUCCAUCACCCAAAUGAGUUUUGGGAAAGGUCUCGACUUUUCUUUUGCGGCCAAUCUCCUGGAUGACUACCAAAGAAGACUUGACAUAGAAAAUAGGGGCUACGGAGGGUAUAAUUCCAAACAUGCCGUGGAAAUCUUACCAGAGAUUUUGUCUACCCAAAGGGGUCAAAGUAAAAUCAAGUUGCUUAUCAUUUUCUUUGGAACAAACGACUCUAAGAGCAGCUUCCAAGGAGUUCCCCUAAACGAUUACCGCCAAAAUAUGGAGAAAUUAGUUCAAAUGGCUCAGGAUGCUGAGGCUAAGACUGUAGUAAUUGGACCAGGUUUGCAUGACCCAAAGAUGUGGGAAAUACAAUUGAAAGAAUGGGGUGUACCAAUUCAUAGUGACGUAACUUCUAACAAAAAGAACAGAGCUUAUGCUGACGCUGCCAAGGAUGUAGCCAAAAAGUUCAAUGUUCCAUUUAUCGAUAUGUGGAAGAGGUUCCAAGAAUAUGGCAAGUGGACAGAGGAUCAGUUACAAGAAGAGUAUGUUCCCUUGCAGGAGCUUCUAACGGACGGAGUUCACUUCACAGGAAAAGCUUACGAAAUCUUGUACAAUGAAGUUGUCGGAGCAAUUGCCCAACAUUACCCUGAACUCAAACCGGAGAACUUGAAGGAGAAAUUAGCUUAUUUCGAUCAGAUUGACAAUAACGAUCUCAGGCGGUCGAUCUUCAGCACAGAAUAA